GGCCACUUCCGGAGUCUCACGGCGGGUUCCUUCUGCCCGUGGCCUGGCCACGCCAACCUCAGGCGGGAUUGCAUCCUGGGACAGAGCAGCACAGCCAUGACUAGUCCAUUUUGCUUCUGCCCUCACAGGUAAACAGACCUCGCUGAGUGAAGGCAAAGACCCUCUCCAGCCCACCUGCCUUUCCCGCUGUUACGGCGUCGACCCAUCCUGUAGAAGGGGGUCCUGCAACUCUUGUGGUGUGUGUUGGAAUGGACUUCGGACCCCGGCUUCUUGGGAUGCAAAGAGGUUGGAAUAACUGACCCUGAAGAAUUCUCCCAGCAUUACCAUUGUAUGACAUUGAAUGGUGCCAGCAGCGUGCAGGUACUCCGGGUGAGGCCUGUGCCCUGGCAGACACUACUCCUGGAGCUACGUGUCAGGUCAUUUAUGAACAUCACCUCUGGGAACGCUGAAGGCACCCGGUGCCCCGACCCGCCUACAGGCAAGCCCGCGAUGGCGGCCAAACGCAAAGGCGGCCUGAAGCUCAACGCCAUCUGCGCCAAGCUGAGCCGCCAGGUGGUGGUGGAGAAGGGAGCGGAGGCCGGCGCCCACGCCAAGGGCAGCCCACUGCGGCCCCGGGACAAAGAGCGCAGUGGCCCUGAGUCGGGGGUGGCCCGGGCCCCCCGCAGCGAAGAGGACAAGAGGCGGGCGGUGAUCGAGAAGUGGGUGAACGGGGAGUACAGCGAGGAGCCGACACCCCCGCCCGUGCUGGGGCGGAUCGCCCGGGAGGGUCUGGAGCUGCCACCCGAGGGUGUCUACAUGGUGCAGCCCCAGGGCUGCAGCGACGAGGAAGACCACGGCGACGAGCCCCCCAAGGAUGGCAGCGUCGUCGAGGAGAAGGACUCGGACGGGGCAGCCUCCAAGGCUGAUAGUGGCCCCAGUGCCAAGCAGGCUUCAGGCGAGGCCUCCUCACUGCGGGACUACGCGGCCUCCACCAUGACCGAGUUCCUUGGCAUGUUUGGCUAUGACGACCAGAACACGAGGGACGAGCUGGCCAGGAAGAUCAGCUUCGAGAAGCUGCACGCGGGCUCCACACCCGAGGCGGCCACCUCCUCCGUGCUGCCCGCCUCCGAGGACGCCCUCAGCAAGCGGGCGCGGUUCUCCAAGUAUGAGGAGUACAUCCGCAAGCUCAAGGCCGGCGAGCAGCUGUCCUGGCCGGCCCACGGCACCACAGCCGAGGGGCGGGCCGGCAAAGAGGCCCUGGGCUCACUGCCUGGCCUGCGGCUGCCCAGUAGCACCGCGCACCUGGAGACCAAGGCCACCAUCCUGCCCCUGCCCUCACACAGCAGUGUCCCCAUGCAGGGCCUGGUGGCCCGUGCCUCCAAGUACGACUUCUUCAUCCAGAAACUGAAGACGGGUGAGAACCUGCGGCCCCAGAACGGGAGCGCCUACAAGAAGCCGUCUAAGUACGACCUGGAGAACGUCAAGUACCUGCACCUCUUCAAACCCGGGGAGGGCAGCCCCGACAUGGGAGGGGCCAUCGCCUUCAAGACGGGCAAGGUGGGGCGCCCCUCCAAGUACGACGUCCGGGCCAUCCAGAAGCCGGGCCCCGCCAAGGUUCCGCCCACCCCCAGCCUGGCUCCUGCACCCCUCGCCAGCGUGCCCACUGCUCCCAGUGCCCCCGGGCCAGGCCCUGAGCCACCUGCCUCCCUGCCUUUCAACACUCCCGAGUACCUGAAGUCAACCUUCUCCAAAACAGACUCCAUCACCACGGGGACCGUCUCCACUGUCAAGAACGGAUUGCCCACAGAUAAACCAGCUGUCACUGAAGAUGUAAACAUUUACCAGAAAUAUAUUGCCAGGUUCUCAGGCAGUCAGCACUGUGGCCACAUCCACUGCGCCUACCAGUACCGCGAACACUACCACUGCCUCGACCCCGAGUGCAACUACCAGUCCAGGGUGCUGGCCUUGGGGCAGUCUGGGCUGCCUCGACCCAACAGGAUGACUUAUAAGGAGACCGGAGGGCCCUGGGGCCAGGCCCAGCCUCCUGCCCACCAGGCCCUCUCCCGGCAGAGGUUCACGAGCAAGCAGGACGUGAUCCGGCACUACAACAUGCACAAGAAGCGGGACAAUUCCCUGCAGCACGGCUUCAUGCGCUUCAGCCCGCUGGACGACUGCAGCGUCUACUACCACGGCUGCCACCUCAACGGGAAGAGCACCCACUACCACUGCAUGCAGGUGGGCUGUAACAAGGUGUACACGAGCACGUCGGACGUGAUGACCCACGAGAACUUCCAUAAGAAGAACACCCAGCUCAUCAACGACGGCUUCCAGCGCUUCCGAGCCACCGAGGACUGCGGCACGGCCGACUGCCAGUUCUACGGGCAGAAGACCACGCACUUCCACUGCAGGCGCCCGGCUGCCACAUUCACCUUUAAGAACAAGUGUGACAUCGAGAAGCACAAGAGCUACCACAUCAAGGACGACGCCUACGCCAAGGAUGGCUUCAAGAAGUUCUACAAGUACGAGGAGUGCAAGUACGAGGGCUGUGUGUACAGCAAGGCCACCAACCACUUCCACUGCAUCCGCGCCGGCUGCGGCUUCACCUUCACCUCCACCAGCCAGAUGACCUCCCACAAGCGCAAGCACGAGCGCCGGCACAUCCGCGCCUCGGGCUCGGGCAUGCUGGGGCUGCCGCCCUCGCUGCUGGGCGCCAAGGACACGGAGCACGAGGAGUCCAGCAACGACGACCUGGUUGACUUCUCUGCCCUGAGCAGCAAGAACUCCAGCCUCAGCGCCUCCCCCACCAGCCAGCAGUCCUCCGCCUCCCUGGUCACCGCCACUGCCACCUCCGAGGCUGGGCCCAGUGCCACCAAGCCUCCCAACAGCAAGAUCUCGGGGCUGCUGGCCCAGGGCCUGCCUGGAUCCAUCCCCCUGGCGCUGGCCCUCUCCAACUCGGGCCUGCCCGGCGCCGCGCCCUACUUCCCCAUCCUUCCGGGCCGGGGCAACACCUCCCUGCCUGUGGGUGCCCCCGGCCUCAUGGGUACCAUGUCAUCAGGGACAGCAGCCUCAGUAACCCCCGACACGCCCGCCCUGGCUGCCUCGGGAGCUGGCGACUCGGCCGCAGCGGCAGCUGCCUCUGUCCCGGUGCCCCCUGCCUCCAUCGUGGAGAGGAUCUCUGCGAGCAAGGGCCUCAUCUCGCCCAUGAUGGCCAGGCUGGCUGCGGCCGCCCUCAAGCCCUCUGCCACCUUUGACCCAGGAAAUGGGCAGCAGGCCACCCCUGCCAGGUUCCCCCCAGCCCCGGUGAAGCAGGAGCCCGGUGAGAGUGCUGGCGCCCCAGGUCCCCACGAGGCCUCCCAGGACCGCAGUUUAGACCUGACUCUGAAGGAGCCCAGUAAUGAAUCAAAUGGCCACGCAGUCCCGGCAAAUUCAUCUCUUUUAUCCUCGCUUAUGAAUAAGAUGUCUCAGGGCAAUCCCAACCUCGGCAGCCUGUUGAACAUCAAGACAGAAGCGGAGGGGAGCCCCGCCGGGGAGUCCUCGCCCUUCCUGGGCAAGGCCGUGAAGGCGCUGGUUCAGGAGAAGCUGUCAGAGCCCUGGAAGGUCUACCUUCGCAGGUUUGGCACCAAGGACUUCUGCGACGCCCAGUGUGACUUCCUCCACAAGGCCCACUUCCACUGCGUGGUGGAGGAGUGCGGCGCGCUUUUCAGCACCCUGGACGGGGCCAUCAAGCACGCCAACUUCCACUUCCGGACAGAGGGAGGAGCAGUGAAAGGAAAUGCGGAGGCUUCCUUCCCGGCCUCGGCUGCUGAGACCAAACCUUCCUUGGCCCCCUCAUCCCCUCCAGCGCCUCCCAUCACCACGGCCACGGCUUCCUCUCUCGAGGGGCCCGCCCCCAGCCUGGCCGCCGUGCCCUCCAGCCCCACCCUGCUCGCCUGGAAGCAGCUGGCUUCCACGAUACCCCAGACGCCUCAGGUUCCAGCGUCAGUGCCUCACCUGCCCACUUCGCCCUUGGCAACGACUUCUCUAGAAAACGCCAAGCCCCAGGUCAAACCCGGAUUCCUCCAGUUCCAGGAGAACGAUCCUUGCCUCGCAACGGACUGCAAGUAUGCCAACAAGUUCCACUUCCACUGUCUCUUUGGGAACUGCAAGUACGUCUGCAAAACCUCCGGCAAGGCCGAGUCCCACUGCCUGGACCACAUCAAUCCCAACAACAACCUGGUGAACGUGCGAGACCAGUUUGCGUACUACUCCCUGCAGUGCCUCUGUCCCAACCAGCACUGCGAGUUCCGGAUGCGCGGGCACUACCACUGUCUCAGGACCGGCUGCUACUUUGUGACCAACAUCACCACCAAGCUGCCGUGGCACAUAAAGAAGCAUGAGAAAGCUGAGCGGCGGGCAGCCAACGGAUUCAAGUACUUCACCAAGCGUGAGGAGUGCGGCAGGCUAGGCUGCAAGUACAACCAGGUGAACAGCCACUUCCACUGCAUCCGGGAGGGCUGCCAGUUCUCCUUCCUCCUCAAGCACCAGAUGACCUCCCACGCCCGGAAGCACAUGAGGAGGAUGCUGGGGAAGAACUUCGAUCGCGUGCCCUCCUCCCAGGGCCCCCCGAGCUUGAUGGACACCGAGACGGACGAGUACAUGGAUUACACUGGCUGCAGCCCGGGCGCCAUGUCCUCUGAGUCCUCCACCAUGGACCGAAGCUGCUCCAGCACCCCUGUGGGCAACGAGAGCACCGCAGCAGGGAACACCAUCUCCAUGCCGACAGCCUCCGGGGCCAAAAAGCGCUUCUGGAUCAUUGAGGACAUGUCACCGUUUGGCAAGCGGCGCAAGACGGCCUCCUCGCGCAAGAUGCUGGACGAGGGCAUGAUGCUGGAGGGCUUCCGGCGCUUCGACCUCUACGAGGACUGCAAGGACGCGGCCUGCCAGUUCUCGCUCAAGGUCACCCACUACCACUGCACGCGCGAGAACUGCGGCUACAAGUUCUGCGGGCGCACGCACAUGUACAAGCACGCGCAGCACCACGACCGCGUGGACAACCUCGUGCUGGACGACUUCAAGCGCUUCAAGGCCUCGCUCAGCUGCCACUUCGCCGACUGCCCUUUCUCGGGCACCAGCACGCACUUCCACUGCCUGCGCUGCCGCUUCCGCUGCACCGACAGCACCAAGGUCACGGCGCACCGCAAGCACCACGGCAAGCAGGACGUGAUCAGCGCGGCGGGCUUCUGCCAGUUCAGCUCGAGCGCCGACUGCGCCGUGCCCGACUGCAAGUACAAGCUCAAGUGCUCGCACUUCCACUGCACCUACCCCGGCUGCCGCCACACGGUCGUGGGCAUGUCGCAGAUGGACUCGCACAAGCGCAAGCACGAGAAGCAGGAGCGCGGCGAGCCGCCCGCCGCCGCCUCCCCCGGCGCCGAGGGCCCCGCGCCCGGCCCGGCCGCCAGCCUGGACGGCGCGCCCCCGCCCGGCGCCGAGCCCGCUGCAGCCCUGCUCUUCCUGCCCGGCCCGGGGCGGGGGCCGGACGACGCGGGCGACCCCCGCCCGCCCGACGCCCCCGGGCCCCGCGCCGGCCCCGCCGCGCCCGGCCCCGCGGCCGGCGAGUCGUCGCAGGAGGACGACGAGGAGGAGCUGGAGCUGAACGAGGAGGAGGCGGACGACGACGAGGACGACGACGACGAGGACGACGAGGACGACGACGACGACGAGGACCUGCGCACCGACUCGGAGGAGUCGCUCUCCGAGGCGGCGGCGGCGGGGCCGGGGGCGCGGAGCCUGGAGCUGGCGGCCCUCGGCGCCCCCGCGCCGCCCGGCCCCGCGCCUGCCGCCGCCGCCGCCUCCCCGUAGCCGCGGGGCCCGUGGCGCGUGGGGGGCCGGCCGCGCCCGGCGCCCUCGGGAUCUUGCCGCUUUAUCCUAUUGUUAUUAUUAGUAUCAAUUUUGUAAGAAACGGUAUUUAUAUGUAAAGCUUCCCUUGUACAGAGCUAGGUGUUCGCCGCGCCCCGGCGUCGGGAGGCGCUCCGGGCCCGGGGCCGCCCCGCCGGUGCUUCCGGACCCCGAGUCCGUCUCAGGACAGAGGCGGGGGGCCUCCCUCUGGUGCUCCGGGGCUGCCCCCCCGCGCCCGCCCGCCCCGCCCGCGCGGCAGCUGGGCGGCCGGAAGGACAGAGGCUGCCCGGGACCCUCCUCAGCCGCAGUUCGGGGAUCUUCUUCAGGGAAAUAGAAGGUGCUCUUGUCCGGGGUGGGAACGAGGGGCAGGAGGCCCGGAGGGCGAGGAGGGCGGCGACCCCGGGCGGCUGCCCCGCGCGCCCUCCCCGCGCCGGACCCCGGGCCCCCCGAGCGCGCCGGUGGGAUUCCUCAUUGCUCAGGGCUGGGACGGGCACCGGGAGUCGCCGCGACCCCCGCCCCUCACCACCGGAGGCGGGCCGGCACCUGUGGCACCUGGCAGGGCCUCCCAUUCGUGCAGCUAAGACCCUCCCUCCCGGCCCUGGGGGGAGGGCGGGGCAGGCGGCGUCCGGCGGGCGACACUACAGGGACCGCGGAGGGAACCUCCUGGACUCGACAGAGCGGGGAGCUCCGGGUCACUCUGCCCCCAGCGCGGGGCCUGGUCGGGGUGUCCGUCCCGAGGGCUGGGGCCUGGGAAGGGGUGCGUCUGCUCGCUGGUGCUGGGCUGCUGGGCCCGCAGGGCGUCUCUGCCACCCAGGUGGUGAGAACAGGAAGGAUGCGACUGUUUGGGGCUUUAAUAGUCAACAUGGAAAAAAAUACGAGAAAGUUGUACAGUAUUUUUCCUGUAAAGGUUAUUAUUCUACAUAGAACAAAAGAAGAAAAAAAAAAAAAAAAAGCAGGCGGGCGGCUAGAGCGCAGACCGCCUCCGGACCAGCCCUGAGGUUGGAGACCCGAGUGCAAUUGCUCACGUGGGGUUUUGUUUAGCGUUUAGAGGCCUUACCAGUUUGAGGCUGUCCGUCUUUACACUAGCACUGAUGGGAGCUGCGUGAUUCCAACUUUUAACUUGAAUUUCGUAGAGACAAGAAAAAAGGACUGUUAUUACUGAUACAAGUUUGUAGUUAAUUUAACAUUUGAGUUUUUUCUCUAUUGGUUAUGCGUGUGGCUUUAUAGGGCUUUUUCUUCCCAGUUUGUUUUAUUAUUUUCUUUGGGAUACUUCUUUGCUGGUGCAACCCACCCUGAUUUGGUUCCUUUUGCAAAUCCCAGCCCCCCACCCCUGCCACCCUCCCUCAGCGGUGAGGUCACCGAGCCCAGAGCCAGGGCCCACCUGGCAGGUACGUGCCCGGCCAAUGGCUCUGAGGGCGACGGGGACGGAGGGCAGGCUGCCCAAGGCCACUCCUGUUCAUCUUCACUCCAGGCCGGGCCACCAGCCCUGUCUCAGGUUGGGCCCUGUGACAUGGCCACAGGGAGAGCGCGAGGCCCAGCCUGGGGGAGGGGCCGUCUCCCAGAGCCUCCUCCCCAGAGGUCUCCAAGGGGAGCCUGACCAGCUGCAGGGGGCAGUGGUUUACUUUUUUUUUCUUUUCUUUUUUCUUUUUUUUCUUUCUUUCUUUUUUUUUUUUUUUUUUUUUUUUUUUUUGUCCUCUUGGCUGCCCACAGCCAGAAAGCCAGGACCAUCUGAACUGGAGAGGGAGCAGGAGGGAGGAGUGGUCAGAAGGAGUGUACCUGAUUCAACAGGAAACAAAUGGUUUUCUAGAACAGCCCCUAGCAGAGCCUCCUGAAUUCUGUGGGCACCACGUGCUGCUGCUGAGCAUUCGCCCAGACUUUGUGCCCGACCACAGAACCGGGGAGUCUGUGGAAGGAGUUUUGUAAAGGAAAAAAAAAAAAAAUUUUUUUUCAAUGUAGCAAAAUCAAACAAAAAAAAAAAAAAAAAAAAAGAAAAAAAGAAGAUGCCGACAGUGCGAAGUCUAGCCUUUUGUAACCUUCAUAUUGCACACUAGGACGAUAAGCCAUUGCUAGCUCAUUUUGAAUUUUAAUGUGUAAUUUUUGUUUUAUUUUCUUUCCGUGGGGAAAACAAUGCUUGAUCCACCAAUGCUCUUUUAAUGUUUUAUAACUAUGUAUGUGUAUAUAUAUAAAUAUAAAAUAAUAUGUAUGCACAUAUGUGUGUGUAUAUAUCUAUAUGUAUAUACAUAUAUAGAUAUAUAGAGAUAUAUAGAGAGGUUUUGAGACGAAAACGCAGAACGUGAAAACCGAACUGAACAGCGUGUGCUCUGAUUACUUGAAUCUGGUCUCCUCGGCACCUGGUUAUUAAGAACUGAAUAUUUUUCCACUUGAAUUUAGUGCUAUUAGAAAUUUAAUAUAUGUGUUUUAUUUAUUUGAUUUUUUUUUUUUUUUUCAUGACUGAUGCAAGGUUUGACAUUUUCACUCAAUAAAAACUGG